AUGAGCACUGUACCACACUCUGCUCACAGUGUAGAAUACUUGACUUCCCCAACAGCACCAAAGGCACUCAUGCCCCAAAUUGAAGAGCUCGCUGACCUCCUUCGUGCCAACGGAUACAAUCCCUCGGGUAUCGACUCGGCCCUAGGAGGGUACGAGAUCCCAGCUGAGGAGGGGCACGAGUACGCCUUCCAGUUUAUAGUCGAGAACCAGCGAGGAAUGAAGUUCUUCGGCAUUCCUUGCUUCAACAAAAAGUCCUUGAUCCCCGUGCUUGAUCCGCCUCAGUACACGAGAAUCGACGGCCUGAGAGUGACGCUUUCUGAUGAGCACAUUGAGAACUACCCGUUGCCUGAUUUGGGAUGGAAAUGGGGCUGGGACCUGUGGUAUGUGUUGAUGUUGAACGAUGUGGAUGAGCAAGGCUGGAUGUACCUGAGCAUUGUGUUUCGGAAGCGUUCCCAUUGGCAUGGGAAGUAUUAUUUUGGGAACUUCGUGAGGAGACGGCUCUGGGUACGCCUCAGGGUGAGAGCGCUAGCGAAGGAAAGCGAAGGUGGUGAAGGGGUUGCUGAAGGACCUGAGGAGUUGCUGCUGGAGUUGCAGCUGGUUAUUCCUUUAGACGGUAUGGAGCGUCAGGCAGAGUUAUCGCUGGAUACCCCUGGAAAACAAAGGGUACCUAUUAAGCUGGUGGCCACGUUUGCGUGA